GUCUUUCAUAGAGGGGAAUGGGCCCCCUCUCUUCCCUCUCACACUCCCUCCCUCCCUGCAGCGUGAAGUUGCUGCUAAUACCCAGUCCCGGCUAACUGCCUUCUUUAUAUAGGAGGGCUCCCUCCUCCAACCCUCACUGAGCCUACAGCUGACCCUUCUGCUGCAGUUCCCUAAGAACCCUCCGGCUGACUCCAGCCACUUUGCUCUUCGCAUCUGAGAAACAUACUGGACCUCAUUCCUGAGCCUUUUCCUUCUUCCUUGGGAAUUGUGAGAGCAUUUUUCUCUGGGCUCCUAACUUGAGUUGAAGAAUGAAAAGCCUGGUGGUGGACCCUUCCAAUCGCUUCAACAACUCCCUGGAUGCUUUUGAGCAAUGUGGCAAAGAAACACCCUUGGAAAAUGUUCUUUUUGCCUCCUUCUAUCUUCUGGAUUUCAUCCUGGCCUUUGUUGGCAAUACCCUUGCCCUCUGGCUCUUUAUCCGGGACCAAAAAUCGGGCACCCCAGCCAACGUUUUUCUGAUGCAUCUUGCUGUGGCCGACUUGUCAUUUGUGCUGGUGCUUCCUACCCGACUUGUUUAUCAUUUUUCUGGAAACCACUGGCCAUUUGGGGAAAUCCCCUGCCGCCUUACCGGGUUCCUCUUCUACCUCAACAUGUACGCCAGCAUCUACUUCCUCACGUGCAUCAGCGUUGACCGCUUCCUCGCCAUAGUGCACCCGAUCAAAUCCAUCAAACUCCGCAGGCCUCUCUACGCCCACCUGACCUGCGCCCUCCUGUGGGGGGUGGUGGCCGUGGCCAUGGCCCCGCUGCUGGUCAGCGCGCAGACCGCCGAGGUGAACGGCACAACCGUGUGCCUGCAACUCUACCGGGAGAAGGCCUCGCGGAACGCGCUCGUGUCCUUGGCCGUGGCGUUCACCUUCCCCUUUGUCACCACUGUCACCUGCUAUCUGCUGAUCAUCCGGAGUCUGCGCAGCGGCCACAGGGUGGAGAAACAUCUCAAGGACAAAGCCAUCAAGAUGAUAAUCAUGGUGCUCAUGAUCUUCCUGGUGUGCUUCGUGCCGUACCACGUGAACCGCUACAUCUAUGUGCUGCGGUACGAUGGGACCGCCUCCUGCGAGGCCCAGCGCGUCCUGGCCCUUAGCAACCGCAUCACUUCCUGCCUCACCAGCCUCAACGGCGCCCUGGACCCCGUCAUGUAUUUUUUUGUGGCUGAGAAGUUUCGUGACGCUUUGUGUAACUUGCUCUGCGGCAAAAGGGCCCUGCCUCUGCCCCCAAGCUUUGAGGGGAAAACAAACGAGAGCUCCCUGAGUGCCAAAUCUGAACUGUGAGACUGGUAUCCGGACAGAAGAUACUGCCCCUCCGUGUUGGCUAGGUGCGCCUCAGGAGCAGAGACCUUCCUCUGGAAGGCACCUCUCCGCGUGUCAAAGUAGCCGAAUCCGGCUCCUCCCCCCAAACUCGGCUGCCAUCCACUUAGAGAAAGCCGGCUCCAAUACUGGCGGACCACCAUAACCCACUGGAACACCUCCACAGCGGUUUCACCUGUUGCACGGAUCCUAACAAGCUCCUAGAUUUCUGAAAAGCGAGGACUAACACGUGAUCAAACAAAGACUCCUUCCCCCUCAGAAGAAAAACUUUCAGCUCUGCUAACUUACAGUUACUAGAUACCCUAAUGAUCUCAUCCUAGAUAAAGCCGGGAGGGACAUGAAAAUUAGAGAACAAUGAAAGUCUUUCUCUAAGUUCAAAAUCGACACCAAGCUAUUGACCUCAUGUUAAAGCAAGAGUUGGGGGAGCUAUUCCCCAAGACCCCAAGAAAAGGAUCAGAAAAUUGCCUGAGUGAGAGAGAGAAUUUCUUUAAAUGACUGCUUUGAUGUAUGGGGAAAUGAAGGUGAAGGAGGAGGGAUGUGAGGAGGAGGAGGAAAGAAACGUUGUAGUAUUCACAUUAUCAGGUUUUUGGCUAUAGAUAUCACCAGCUUAGUUAAGUCAAUACAGUAUUGUAGACUAUACUUGGUGGUUGAUUACAAUUGGACCAUAGAGACCAACUUAGGUUGGUCCCCAAAUGAUACCUUAUGUGUGUAGCCUAAAUCAAUGGCAGACAGCUUUUAGUUCUGCUCCGCAGAUUCCCUGAUCUAAUUUUUUUUUUUAAGUGGCUCCUAAAAAUUCAUUUUAAGACUUAUUCUGACAAUCUCUUUAAAAUUUCCCAACAUGCAUCCUGUACCUCGUGUGGAGUACACGGUGUGGAUCAUGCAUAUCUUAAAUAGAAUGCAAACAGGAUUCCAUUUGACUUAAGGACAUGAAAUCCAUGUCAGCAAAACCAAGCCACCCGCUCCAGCAUGCCUUUUUUCUAGCCCCUAAUGAUCUCAAAAUGAACCCAAGGGAGUCUAUGCACCCUCCUCAUUCUGUCCUACUUGUGAAGUUCACCCCAUCCCCACUCCUUGCCUCCCAUUUGUACAGUGAUUUUCCUUUUUUUGUACCUGUAUAUGUGGAUUAUAAAUAUGCAUAGUUUCUAAAGUGUAAAGCUGUAUCAUGUUGUUUUAAUAAAAAAAUUUUUCUUCCCUUUACUAGCUACAAGGAAA